CACCUUAAGUAUCUUGCAACACAUCCCUCAUCAAAUUUGGUACUUCUUUUAACUACAAUUUCUUAGCUAACAGAGACUCCAUUCUAUGCUUCAAUAGUGAUGUGAAACACACAUGGAAGUGCCAACGAGAGCAAGACUUUUGAUCAUCCAAGUCUUCAAUGAAAUAACCCUAUCUCUCUCUCUCUCUCUGCUCCCAAUAUAAUGCCAGCAUCGGUCCUCAGCUCGCUCCAACUCCUACACCUUAACCUUCCUCCUGCCCCAAGGUACAUGAGAGAGGGGGAGAUAGAGAUAGAAAGAGAGUUGUUGCCUCUAUAAUAAGAUAAACCACUGAGACAGAGAGAGCCAGAGAAAGAGAGCAAAGCCAGCUUAAGGUGAAAAGGAGAAGAGCAGAGCAGAGACAACAAUCUUACAGAAGAGAUGGCUUCUUCUUCUUCUCCUUUAUUCUUCUACUACCUCCUCCUGUUGGGUUCAGCACUGUUCCUCACCAAUGAGGCUACUGCUCUCCCAGAAGUGCCCAACCUCACCACCCUCUCUUUUGAGGAAGGCUACACACAGCUAUUUGGAGACUCCAACCUCAUUCUUCAUCAAGAUGGCCAGACCGUCCACCUCUCCCUCGACCAGCGGACUGGUGCUGGAUUUGCGUCACAAGGUCUUUAUCUCCAUGGAUUCUUCAGUGCCUCCAUCAAACUGCCUGCAGACUACGCUGCUGGAGUCGUUGUUGCCUUCUAUAUGUCUAAUGGAGAUGUAUUCGAGAAGACACAUGAUGAAUUGGACUUCGAGUUCCUGGGGAACAUAAGAGGCAGGGAAUGGAGGGUUCAGACCAACGUUUAUGGGAAUGGGAGCACAGCAGUUGGUAGGGAAGAGAGAUAUGGGCUCUGGUUCGAUCCUACAGAGGACUAUCACCAAUACUCCAUCCUGUGGAGCAAUGAGAGGAUCAUAUUUUACAUUGACAACACCCCCAUCAGGGAGGUGGUGAGGACCCAAACCAUGGGUGGUGACUUCCCUUCAAAGCCCAUGUCACUCUAUGCCACAAUAUGGGAUGGCUCCACCUGGGCCACUUCGGGUGGCCGCUACAAGGUCAACUACAAAUUCGCCCCUUAUGUCGCUGAGUUCACUGACCUUGUCCUCCAUGGCUGCGUCGUUGAUCCCAGUAACCAUAACAGAGCCUGUCUGGAAUCUAAUGCUGGAGUUUACAAUGCUAUGAUGAUAUCAACGGAUCAACGGGCGGCGAUGGAGAGGUUCCGAAAGAAACACAUGACCUACUCUUACUGUCAUGAUCGCAUCCGUUACCCGACACCUUCUCCAGAGUGUACUCUCGGUCCCGAGACUGAGAGUUUCCUCAUAACAGGCGAAGCAAGGUCCAGUUACCACCACCACCACCAUGGUAAGCGCAAUGGCCGCAGCACAGUAGAUGUAGCCCUUUGAAUCUAAGUGGUUAUUUUUUUUGUGUCCCAUGUAUUCCAAGUAUUCUAGUGAUAUAGCAAAUUUAUUUCAGGUAGAGAGUCACAUUGUCUAGAAUGACAUAUGUAUAACCUAGUCUGUCCAAGCUUGUUUUGGAGUCUGUCUAGCUCAUCAGUGUUUUCCAUAUUAUUUCCUUCCCUCUAAUGUUUCUUGUUCUCUGUAGUGGUGCUAAUGUACUACACCAUGGGUUUGUUAUCAUAGAAGACUUGAGUUCGUUUUGAUCAUCUAUAAAUGGCACUAUAACUAUCGAGAAAA